AAGUGGGAAGUUUUCCCGUUUCCGAUGACAGCGAACGUACCACCCCAGUCCCGAGUCUCCAUCUUCCUCAACCUGGAAAAGGAAGGGUCCAAGCUGCGUCUCGCACUCCCAUUUCCCGCUAACAUAAACUCCAUCAGACGUAAAGGACCACAAUCAUGACGGACUCCAAAUAUUUCACGACGAACAAAAAAGGGGAGAUCUUUGAACUGAAGGCCGAGCUGAACAAUGAGAAGAAGGAGAAGAGAAAAGAGGCAGUGAAAAAGGUCAUUGCCGCCAUGACUGUUGGCAAGGAUGUCAGUUCUUUGUUUCCAGACGUGGUGAACUGCAUGCAGACCGACAACCUGGAGCUGAAGAAGUUGGUCUACCUCUACUUGAUGAACUACGCCAAGAGCCAACCUGACAUGGCCAUCAUGGCCGUGAACAGCUUCGUCAAGGACUGUGAAGAUCCCAACCCUCUGAUCCGAGCCCUGGCCGUCCGCACCAUGGGCUGCAUCCGGGUGGACAAGAUCACCGAGUACCUGUGCGAGCCGCUGAGGAAAUGCCUGAAGGACGAGGACCCGUACGUCAGGAAGACGGCGGCGGUUUGCGUGGCAAAACUGCAUGACAUCAACGCCCAGAUGGUGGAGGACCAGGGCUUCCUGGACUCCCUGAGGGAUCUCAUUGCCGACUCAAACCCCAUGGUCGUGGCCAACGCCGUCGCUGCCCUCUCUGAGAUCAGCGAGUCUCACCCCAACAGCAACCUGCUGGACCUCAAUCCCCAGAACAUCAACAAGCUGCUGACGGCCCUCAACGAGUGCACCGAGUGGGGACAGAUCUUCAUCCUGGACUGCUUGUCCAACUACAACCCCAAGGAUGAGCGCGAAGCCCAAAGCAUCUGUGAGCGCGUCACUCCCCGGCUUUCCCACGCAAACUCGGCAGUGGUCCUGUCAGCUGUCAAGGUGCUGAUGAAGUUCCUGGAGUUGCUGCCCAAGGACUCUGAUUACUACAACACCCUGCUGAAGAAGUUAUCCCCACCGCUGGUCACCUUGCUCUCUGGAGAGCCUGAGGUCCAGUACGUGGCUCUGAGGAACAUCAACCUCAUUGUUCAGAAAAGACCUGAGAUCCUGAAGCAGGAGAUCAAGGUGUUCUUUGUCAAGUACAACGACCCUAUCUACGUGAAACUGGAGAAGCUAGACAUCAUGAUCCGUUUGGCCUCUCAGGCCAACAUCGCUCAGGUGCUGGCUGAACUGAAGGAAUACGCCACCGAGGUGGACGUUGACUUUGUGCGUAAGGCUGUUCGAGCCAUCGGACGCUGUGCAAUCAAAGUGGAGCAAUCAGCUGAGCGCUGUGUCAGCACCCUGCUGGACCUCAUCCAGACAAAGGUGAACUACGUGGUUCAGGAGGCUAUCGUGGUCAUCAGGGAUAUCUUUCGCAAGUACCCCAACAAGUAUGAGAGCAUCAUUGCUACGCUGUGUGAGAAUCUGGACUCCCUGGAUGAGCCGGACGCUCGAGCCGCCAUGAUCUGGAUUGUUGGCGAGUACGCCGAGCGGAUCGAUAACGCCGAUGAAUUGCUGGAGAGCUUCCUCGAGGGCUUCCACGACGAGAGCACCCAGGUUCAGCUCACUCUGCUGACCGCCAUCGUCAAGCUGUUCCUUAAGAAGCCGUCGGAGACUCAGGAGUUGGUGCAGCAGGUCCUGAGCCUGGCCACACAGGACUCCGACAACCCCGACCUGCGUGACAGGGGCUACAUUUAUUGGCGCCUGUUGUCCACCGACCCGGUUACCGCCAAGGAGGUGGUGUUGUCCGAGAAGCCCUUGAUCUCUGAGGAGACCGACCUGAUUGAGCCCACCCUACUGGAUGAGCUCAUCUGCCACAUUGGCUCCCUGGCGUCCGUCUACCACAAACCGCCCAGCGCCUUCGUGGAGGGCAGCCACGGAGUCCACCGGAAACACCUUCCUGUGCAGCACAGCAGCAUUGACACUGGUGAGAGCCCAGUGAGCAGCGGGCCAGCAGCUGCCAUGGACCAGCCAAGCGUGAUCCCCAGCCAGGGGGACCUGCUGGGUGACCUGCUCAACCUGGACCUGGGCCCCCCGGUCAAUGUGCCCCAGAUCUCCUCCAUGCAGAUGGGGGCCGUAGACCUUCUGGGAGGAGGCCUGGACAGUUUGCUGGGGGGUGACCUGGGCGGAGGUGUUGGGGGAAGUCCUGCAGUGGGACAAAACUUCAUCCCCUCAUCUGUUCCCAGUACUUUUGCUCCGUCCCCUACACCAGCUCCACAAGCGGUCAGCAGUGGCCUUAGCGACUUGUUUGAGCUUUCCACAGGCAUGGCCAUCACCACAGGAGGUCACACAGCCCCAAAAUCAAUUUGGCUGCCUGCAGUGAAGGCCAAGGGUCUGGAGAUCUCUGGAACCUUCUCUCGCCGCCAGGGCCACAUGUACAUGGACAUGACCUUCACCAACAAGGCCCUGCAGCACAUGACCGACUUCGCUGUCCAGUUCAACAAGAACAGCUUCGGGAUGAUCCCCACCAGUCCUCUGCCCGUUCACACUCCGCUGAUGCCCAGUCAGACCAUUGAGGUCUCUUUGCCUAUUAACACCAUUGGGCCGGUCAUGAAGAUGGACCCACUCAAUAACCUCCAGGUGGCUGUGAAGAACAACAUUGAUGUCUUCUACUUCAGUGUUCUCAUCCCUCUCAACAUAUUCUUUGUCGAGGAUGGGAAAAUGGAGCGACAGGUGUUCCUGGCUACCUGGAAAGACAUCCCCAAUGAGAAUGAGCUACAGUAUCAGAUAAAGGAAUGCCACCUCAACGCAGACACAGUAUCGGGCAAGCUGCAGGGUAACAACAUCUUCACCAUCGCCAAGAGGAACGUAGAAGGCCAGGACAUGCUCUACCAGUCCCUCAAGUUAACCAACGGCAUCUGGAUCUUGGCUGAGCUCCGCAUUCAGCCCGGCAACCCCAACUAUACGCUGUCUCUCAAGUGUCGGGCCCCUGAGGUUUCUCAGUACGUCUACCAGACGUACGACUCAGUGCUGAAGACCUGAGCCGCUUUAACACAAAGCGGCUCUGCUUCGUCCUGAUGACAAAUUGCAGUGUUUUAUCAUUUUCUGCCAUUUGCAGCUAACUGCCAAAACAACGGAACCCAAACAGUAAAUAAAUAAUGGAGACUAAAUAGAUUGGGUUUUCCUCUGAAGUGAUCAACAAUCUCAGCUAAACUAAAGCGGGUGUGCGUGGUACUGAAGUGGAGCAGGACAGACGCUGUGGAUGUUUCCUUUAUUUUGGCAGUUGAAAGCAUUAUUAAAUCCCCCUCUCAAGUCCCCAUUUCUAUUUUUACCUCCCAGAGAAAACAUGUCUACCAUUCCAUCCUUAACUUAGUGUCGUAAUGUCGUGAAGAUGUGACUGAUGAUGAAAAUGUCACGAGUAGGAACAAAAGGUUUUCCAUGAAGCUCCCUUUCUUUCUCACAUUCCUUUUGGAUUUGCUUUAUUUUUUUAUAUUGACUUGGCUUCAGUCGCACCUACAGAAUAAUGCCAGUGUUGCUUUGUUCCUAUAUCCAUAACUUGACACUCUUACACAGUGUAUGGUAGAAACCCACAAUGUGAUACUAACGUCUGACCCACAGCGAGUUUCCCUCCUGAAGGUCCCAGCUCACAAUAACAUGCUUAAACAUUAUAUAUACAUCACAUGUAUACUCCUGUUUUUCCUUUCUUGACUUUAAGCACGCGUUACUGCUUCUUGUAUUUAAUGUGAUUACUUAAAAUUUGUGCAGCGUUUAGAUAUUAACGGCUUCUUGCACCAUAAAUAUGAAACUUGUGCAGAAAUUGAAAAACUUGACAUUCCAACAGAAAAAGGUCCUGUAAAGGUCUUUUUUCCAAACAUCGUUCCAUCUGCCUCUAGCACUGUUUUAACAAAUCACCCUUUUCACCUCAACUGCACACAGUCUUCUGAAGAUUUAGAUAUCAUUUUUAAUCAAUUGUGUUUGUUUUAUGUUUUAAUAGUUCAAUUUUAAAAGCUAGAAAAACACAGAUUGUCACAUGAAGCAACAUCAAUGGAGUUGUUCUGACGUCAUAAAGGACAUUUGUGCUCCAUUGUAACGUCAUGUUAAAACAAAGACUGCAGCGAGCUGUCUGCAGACUGUUUGUGUCGAGGAACACAAACCCUCAGUGGAGCAUCUGACUGAAAAUAACCCACAGAGCAGCGGGUUUUAAAUUAAACACAAACACGCUCUUGUUUUAAAAACACAUUCUUUUGUUCAUUUCACACGUAACUGUUGAUCGGCCCCCGUUUACUACACAUAGUUGUUUACGGCGUUGUGCACCUACAUUGUCAUUCCUAUUUAUUGUGUAUCUACCUCUGUGUGUUUCCUUUUUAACGGGCUUCAUUGUUGCCGUGGGUUAAAUUCUGCAAUGUGCGUUCUAUGUUUUCACCUUUCUUUUUGAUGCCAGUGUUUUAGUUACCUUAACUCUAUUGUUGUUGAGCCAGUGUAAACCUGGGGCAGCCCAACCAAUCUCCCAAGACCAAGCUGAUGAUGCAAAACAAACGACCACGCUUAUGUUUGAAUGACCUCGUGUCAAUAUAAUCCUCCGAUGUUGGCUUUGUGUGUGUGUGUGUGUGUGUGUGUGUGUGCUAAUUAAACAGAUGCGCUAAGGCCAGGAGUUAGAGUGUAGUCAAGUGAUGGUGUAGUUUGUGUAGCAAAUACAUUUCAAUGUUUCGGUGUCACCCUAGAAAAGGAAAGUACACCUGGCCUCUUAUGUAUUCAACCGAAAAGAUGUUUUUGUGUUGGUGAGACUAUUUUCCUACAUGUUUUCAAAUGUGCCUGCAUGAGAGCCCAUUGUCAGUUUUAUUCUUUUUCACUUAAGCUGUGGCUUUGCUCCCUUAAAAAUCUAAUCCCCCCAACAUGUUUUAGAUCAUACGUUUUCAAGCAGCGCUGUCUCUAGCACUCCCACACAUGGAAGUAUAUAUCCGAAUCAUUCGCCAGCAACACAAAAUGUAUGGCGAGAGCAACGUGACGUCAUCGCUGUAACCCUGCUGUAAAUUAUUUGUCAGUCACAGUACCACCUCUUAUGUCAUUAAAAUGCCAAACUCAUGCUGCA